AGCCACGCAAACCAGCUGGGUUACAGAACAACAGGUCCAGAGAGGGAUAAGAGAGAGUUCCUCCAGAAGUCCACCGCAGAGCACAGAAUCACAGACACAGAGACAACAUGAAAGCUGUUACGGCCUUCUUGCUGGUGCUGUGUUGCCUGGCUGUUAGUCAUGCGUGGAACUGCAGUGAGGCUCCGCUGCUGCAUUACGCCAAUCAGAUUGAUGCUGGAAUGGGAAAAGUGGUUGCGACCAACAGGUACAGACAGGUGUUUUCCCUAAGUGGAUUGAACUGGUACAGACUGGGCACGGUCAGCCUCAAACAUGUCACAGUGGGACCUUCCGGAACGUGGGGAACUGACUACUCCAACUAUGUGUACAAAUACGUAGCUGGAAACUUUAAACGGGCCGCGGGUCUGAAAAUGGAGCAGGUGGAUGCUGGUGGUGACGGCCAGGUUGUUGGAGUGACACCCAGAACCACGUUGACCUACUGUCUGAGAGAGCCCACAGCUUUGUCCUACGCUGGAGUGGGCUCCUUGGGCUGGAGUUACCUUUCAAGGAGAAUGAAAUAUUUCAGCUGCGGCCCACUGCUCGGAUGCUGGGGAGUCGACUCAGUAAACAAUGUCUACGUUGCAAGGAACGUGUAUGCAUCCAACUGUCGCGCUUUAAACUGGGUAUACGUGUCAGGUCAAAAAAUGAAAAUGAUUGAAGUGUCAACUGAUGGACAAGUCUUUGGAGUGACUACAACUGGCAAGGUGUACCAAAGAACUGGCAUCACCAGUUACCGUAGACAAGGCACUCGCUGGACUUUAAUCCCAAUGUGCAUGUCUGUCAAACACCUGAGCUACGACCUGCGCCAGCUCUGGAUCGUCACCAACUCUGGUUUGUUGAUGAAGUGCACACACUAAUGUCAUCAGUGUGGCAGAUGACUUCUGUGCACCAAUCUCUGUUUUUCUUGGCUGACAUCCCUUCAAAGGUCUAUACUUUCUUUUGAUCAUUCGGUGCACACAAAUAGAAAAGAAGAAAAACAAACUCAUUGAACUGUGAAACAAAUCAAAGACAGUCACAAAUGUGCAAGUGUAACAUUAGGCUAAAUGGAUGAUGUUUGACGAAUCCCCACCAUGUAUAACUUCUUCAUACCAUUUGGUAUACUUUCUACUAUGUUAAUAAAUGAUAAUUGAAGCAAUUUC